AUGUCUGUCACCACCAUCACAGAGUCGUUGGCCUCAUUGGGCCUCAAAAAUGAAGCCUCCAUUGACGCAUCUUACCCAGAUUACAAUGUUGUCGAUGUCAUGAGAAACUACAUCACCAAUGAAUUGAACUCCAUCACUGGCAUCUCUAAGGAUAUUAUUUUCCCUGCUUUGGACUCGCCUUCCACGUUGGACAAGGGUGACCUUCUCGUGCCUCUCCCAAGAUUGAGACUUCCAAAGGGUACGGAUUUCAAGUCCAAGGCCACGGAGAUCGCUGGUGCUUUCAACAAAGGUGGCUUCUUGGCUGAUGUCAAGGCUGAGGGCCAGUUCUUGCAGUUUUUCUUCAACACAAAGACCCUUUACAAUCUCGUCAUCAAGGAUUCUUUGACCAGAACUACUGACUACGGUUACUUGCCCUUGGGUGUGGGAAAGAAGGUGAUUGUGGAGUUCUCUUCUCCAAAUAUCGCCAAACCUUUCCAUGCCGGCCACUUGAGAUCCACCAUCAUUGGAGGUUUCUUGUCCAACUUGUACGAGAAGGCCGGCUGGGACGUGACCAGAUUCAACUAUUUGGGAGACUGGGGUAAACAGUUUGGUUUGUUGGCUGUGGGUUUUGAGAAGUACGGAGAUGAGGCCAAGUUGGCCAGUGACCCUAUCAACCACUUGUUUGAGGUCUACGUGAAGGUCAACAAGGACAUCACCGACGAAGGUGAUGUUGUGGGAGGUACUAAUGACAAGGCCAGAGAGUACUUCAAGAGAAUGGAAGAUGGAGACGAGUCUGCUUUGGCUAUCUGGAAGAAGUUCAGAGCCUUAUCCAUUGAGAGAUACGUCGACACUUAUGCCCGUCUUAACAUUAAGUACGAUGUCUACUCGGGAGAGUCGCAGGUGUCCAAGGAAGUGAUGGACAAUGUCAUUGAGUUGUUUAACCAGAAAGGUUUGGUGCAUGAGGACAGAGGUGCCAAGUUGAUUGACUUGACCAAGUUCAACAAGAAGUUGGGCAAGUGUCUUGUGCAGAAGUCUGAUGGUACUUCAUUGUACUUGACCAGAGACGUCGGAGAGGCCAUGAAGCGUUAUGACAACUACCAUUUUGAUAAGAUGAUCUACGUGAUUGCUUCCCAGCAGGAUUUGCAUGUUGCUCAGUUCUUUGAGAUCUUGAAGCAAAUGGGCUUCGCCUGGUCCAAGAACUUGGAGCACGUCAACUUCGGUAUGGUGCAGGGCAUGUCUACCAGAAAGGGUACCGUUGUGUUCUUGGACAACAUCUUGGAGGAGACCAAGGACAAGAUGCACGAGGUGAUGAAGAGAAACGAGGCCAAGUACGCACAGAUUGAGGACCCCGAGAAGAUCGCCGACUUGGUUGGUAUUUCUGCCGUGAUGAUCCAGGACAUGCAGUCCAAGCGUAUCAACAACUACGAGUUCAAGUGGGACAGAAUGCUCUCGUUCGAAGGUGACACUGGUCCAUACUUGCAAUACGCCCACUCGCGCUUGAGUUCCGUGCAAAGAAAGGCGGGCAUUGCUGACGAUAAGUUGAAGAGUGCCAACUUUGACCUCUUGACUGAGGAGAGUGCUGCUAGCUUGAUCAGAACGUUGGCUCAGUACCCAGAUGUCAUCAAGAGAGCCUUGAAGACCGGUGAGCCAUCAACAGUUGUGACCUACCUCUUUAACUUGACGCAUAUUGUUUCGCUGUGCUACGAUACUUUGUGGGUUGCUGGCCAGGAGGAGGAGUUGGCUACUGCUAGAUUGGCAUUGUAUGCAUCAGCCAAGCAAGUGUUGUACAACGGUAUGGUGUUGUUGGGAUUGACUCCGGUGGAGAGAAUGUAG